AAUACACAACAGUUAAAAACACAAAUUUUUUUUCCCUCCCCAAAUCCCUAAUCCAUGAGCGCAAUUUCCCAACUUUGAAAAUCGGAGAAGAAAUGGACAGCGACAUUUCCCAGUGGGUGACGGAGUUCCUACUCCGCAGCUCCGUCCCCGAUUCCCUAAUCCAAAAAACCCUAGCCGCCCUCCCUCUCUCUACCGCCUCCCCCCGCCUCAAGAAAACCCUCCUCCUCCGCACCCUCCAAACCCUCCUCCGCACAGCCACACUCUCCGAAACCGCGCUCGACAUCCUCGAACUCCUCGAACCCAGUGCCCCUGUCUCCGACGCGCACCGCCGCGCGUACUGCGCAGUCGCCGUGGAGUGCACCGUAAAGUACCUCGCCGCGUGCCCCGAAGACAUCGAUGGCGAGUACGCCGGAGCCGUGCGGCGGAUCUGGCGCGGCCGGGUGUCGGCGCUGAAGGCGCGCUGGAGCCGGCUGGUCUCCGGCGAGCUGGCGCGGUGGCGCGACGUCGUCGAGGACGCGCUCGGGGAUUCUAGGGCUCGCCAGAGGCUGGUGGGGUUGAAUAGUCGGAGGGACGCAAUGAAAGAGGUGAGGGUGUUUUUGAAGGAAGCGUGGGGAGCGAUGGGGCCUUCGUUUUUGGAAACUGUUGCGGCGAAGGAGAAGAAUAAGGAUGAAGGUGCUCGUGAUAAUGAUGAUAAUGAUAAUAUAUGUGAUGAUCAUGAUGAUGGUGCAUGCAUGGAGGAUGUGGCAAUGCAUGGUGAGAAUCAGGAACCAUUGGAAGAGAGUGUUGAUGCGAAUCAGGAAGUGGGUGGGUUUGACUUAUCUCCUCGGAGGGAUGAAGCAAUUCCAAAGCGGAAUUCUCAGCUUAAACACAAACACUCUGCAUUUCGUGCAUCUCAUAGGGGAAGGGGAGUUGAAAUAUCUAGUCCGAAGGAAGUGAAGGCAACCAAAUCAUGGAGCAAACAUGAUCCUGUGCCUAGUGCUGAAGUUAAAAAAGUUCGGGAAUCCCUAAAAUCAAGUUCUUUGGAGUUACGAGCGUUGGUUAAGGAUCCUCUUCCCCAUGCAUUGCAUAUAUCUGAUGUUGUAAGAUCCAAAUUGGCAACUAGUGAUACAAAAACUGAGCCACUGAUUGAAAACCAACAUGAAGAUGUAGAAGUACAGGAUCCAGAUGUUUGUCAGAGUAUUGUACCUUUUCAGCCUAAUGAUGUCAAUCUUGGGAAGAAGUCUUUUGUUCAUUGUAGUAAUAUUCAUCAGCCCUACUUGAUGGAACAGAACAUAAGUGCUCGUACCUUUGAGUGGGAGGAUUCAGUAGACAACUCGCCACAAGCAAGACAGCCAAGGAGGAGGAAAAGGAAAUGGAGUUCGUUGGAAGAAGAAACACUAAGGGCUGGUGUAAAAAUGUUUGGAGAAGGAAACUGGGCAUCAAUCCGAAGUUUUUACAGUAACGUAUUUGAAAAUAGAAGUGGAGUUGAUCUGAAGGAUAAGUGGAGAAACAUGAUACGGUGACACUAGUGUGCUACUUUCAUGUGUAUAUCUUGGUCAGGUAAUGACAAUUUUGAGAGCAGCUUCUCUCUAUGCAAUCAAGCUUUUUUGAAACACCAUCCAAAUAGUACAGUUAGUGAGGACCAACUGGUAUCCAAGGCCCACGCAUGGGCCUUUUCAAACACAUCAUUCAUCACUGGGUUCUGGUUUCAGUGGCUCAGCUGAAGGUUGGAUUUGAAAUUGCAGGUUUUGAUGAUGCAUGCAUAUAGCAUUAAUAUAUCUAUAAGUUUUGUGGUUGUUACCUGUUUCAUGUUUUAAAGUAGCUUGUAAUCAUUAAGUAGAGUAAGGUUUCUUGUCAUGGUGUCAACACCUUGUAAUGAACUCCUGCAUCUUAAACGCCCAAGGAGAUUUUAAUUUUCUUGCUACUAAUUUUGAAUAAAGAAAUCGAAGGAUAGAAACUUCAAUAUUGUGGUACCGUUUUCUUAUCUUGGUGAAAAAUCAACUGUCUUGGACUUGCCACUUUACCAUGCCAUGUGUCUGCCCUAAAAUCAGAAGACAAUGGUGACAACUAGAGAGAAUAUGGAACAAAUUGUAGUGCAUGCAAUUAUUUUGGCAAGUUGAUGUUUGUAUUAGUUCUGCUUCUGCCUGCAUUCAUUUUGGCAGUUACUGUUUGUGGAGUUUUCCCAUAAAAAUUGCUGCAUCUAUAGAUGAACAAAUUGAACUUUGUAACGUUGUUCAAAACAUUAUGAACAAAUUGCACAAGCAUUUUGACUAAUGGUAA